AACAGAGGCGAAGGGUCGAGAAUUCUGGAAUGGCUUUUUGCAGCCGGCACUGCACUGCAGCCCCAUCGGGCGAGGAUCACGUGGUGGGUGGGCGGCUGUGGAUUGUAUUGUAUUGUAAUUGAGCUGUAGCUGGGGUGUAUUGUAAUGUACAGCAGUCACCUACACUGUUUGUUCUCCCGAUAUCUGGAAGCCACGCCAGGUUCGAGUGACUUUCUCCGUUUUUGCUAUUGAUCUUCUUAUAACGUCUCGGUGAUCUUGACAAGUGGUAGGGAGACUGGUAGAUGAUAGCCACAGUAGGCUUGAAGUCCCAGCACCUGCAGUGUAACUGAUCACGUGUGUCGGUUCAGUUGAUGUAUCUACCUGCAUCAACAGCCCCGUCAGCCAGCUCGCUCUACCUUACUUACCCUUGGAUUUACAACAUUGACCAAGCACAGCUCUCCCUGCAUCUGCCCCCAAGACAGCUAUGUUCCCCAAGCUCCGAUCCUAUCUCUCCAAGCCUCCUCCUCCCUCCUGCACCUUCCAAAUCCUCUCCGACCUCCACCUCGAACUCAACCAGCAAUAUGUCUCUUAUGAGAUUCCUGCUUGCGCUGAACAUUUGAUCCUCGCAGGCGACAUCGGCCGUCUGGCUGACUACGAGCAUUAUCGCGAUUUCUUGCAAAGACAAACAGACCGCUUCAAGGCCGUCCUACUCAUCCUCGGCAACCAUGAGUUUUACGGCCUGUCGAUCGCCGCGGGGCUGGACAAGGCCCGGCAGCUGGAGCAGGAGCCCUGCCUGCACGGACGGCUGAUCGUCCUCGACCGGACACGAUAUGAUGUCCCGGGGUUUGAUGUCAGCGUGCUGGGCUGCACGCUCUGGUCCCACGUGCCUGAUGGAUCGCGGGAGAUUGUGCAGGCGAAGAUUCGGGAUUUCCGGAAGAUCGAGGGGUGAUACUUAAUACUUCGAGGACUUGGGAUUGAGGUUACCAGGAAGUUGAAAGAAAGGGGGGCCCGGGGGUUCUCCCCCGGAAUACUUAAUACUUCAAGGACUUGGGGUAGGGGGAUACCAGGGAGUUGAAAAGAAGGGGGGUCCGGAGGUUCUCCCCCGGGAUACUUUAUACUCUUAAGCGCUUGGGAUUGAGGUUACCAGGAAGUCGAAAAGAAGAAGGGUCUGGGGGUUCUCCCCCGGAAUACUUUAUACUUCAGAUUGAGGUUACCAGGAAGUUGAAAGAAAGGGGGGUCCGGGGGUUCUCCCCCGGAAGGGUAUAUUCUAGGAUUUUAUAUUGAGAGGGCACUGUUGAAAGUAUAGGUAAUGGUGAUGUUUCAUGUAUUGUAUCUUACCGUGCUGUAAUGACUUGGGUGGCAGCCUCAGGCGGCAGUGGCGGGCGGUGGAAGG